CUGCGCGCAUCGCACACGGUACCCAGACGCAUACACAAAAGAUACGGGACUUACCGAACGCUGGUAUUCUCCUCGGGACUGCGGCUGUAGUGGACCUUCUGCUGUUUGAAUGGGAGAGAGGGGACUGAACACCUUUGGAAAGGAGUUUUAUUUAGACUUGUCGGCGUGGCACUGCGCUUGUCCUCUUUUAUUUUGCUAGAUUACACGUCUGAACUAAACGUGGUAUGACAGAAGCGCGUCAACAAUCAAAACUCCUGCGUGCGCCUCGCAAUUACAGAGAUGAACUUUUAUUUAGGGCAGAGAAAAGACGCAUUGCUGGAUAACAAGAUGAAUGCAUAAUGACUGGAGUAAAUUAGCCUCCCAGUUUCAGCAGCACUCUUGUAUGUUUGGGGAAUACAAAGAUUUCGUGGCUCCUUGCGGAUUUCUUGAGGUGUCUCACUUUUGGAGCACCAGUGGAUGUUCUCCAGGAACUUGCAAAUUUGUAAAUGAACAUUAGCUUUAACCUCAGUGUGCGUUAAUAUAUUCACCUUUUUCUUUCAUAGCAAGAAAAAUGAGCUUAUACAGUCUGGCAUUGUCCUGUUUAGUUGCGUGCGUUCUGUCCGUGCGCUGCAGCUCUGUGACCGGGACAGAGACUCAAAGUUCGCCCCAGGAGUCGUGUGCGUCCUGCGGCCUCAGAGCGCCUGAUCAGUCGGAGCGGGUGAACAUAGAUUUCCUGGAGGCGGUGAAGAGGCACAUACUGAACAGGCUACAGAUGAGAGACAGACCCAACAUUACCCAUCCCAUCCCGAAGGCUGCGAUGGUGACGGCACUGAGGAGGCUGCACGCCGGCAAAGUGCGAGAAGACGGCCGGGUGGAGAUCCCCAGCUUUGAUGGGCAGGCUGCCUUCAACAACGAGGUUCAAGCGGAGACCUCUGAGAUUAUCAGCUUUGCCGAAUCAGAUGAGCACUCAUCCUCCAAAUCCGGUCUUUACUUCCUCAUCUCUAAUGAGGGCAAUCAGAACCUGUUUGUGUCCCAGGCGAACUUGUGGCUGUAUUUCCGUGUGCUGCCAGCCGGUCCAGAAAAGGGCCUCCGGAGGAAGGUGACGGUGAAGAUCCACUACCAGGAAGCUGGGGCUUUGAGCAGUGCAGAGGGAGGUCGAGGAGGUGGUGGUGGAGGGGGAACCGGCCGCUGGACCCUGGUGGAGAAGCGAGUGGAUCUGAAACGCAGCGGCUGGCAUACUUUCCCUGUUUCUGAGGCGGUGCGGGCUGUGUUCGGGAAAGGCAACCGGAGGCAGGACCUGGAGGUUCACUGUGAGAGCUGUGAGACAGCUGGUGUGGCUCCAGUGCUGGUGGAUCCAGGUGACCCAUCCCACCGGCCCUUCCUGGUGGUGCGCGCACGGCAGGUGGAUGGAAAGCACCGCAUUCGUAAGCGAGGGCUGGAGUGUGAUGGCACUAGUGGGGGCCUAUGCUGCCGGCAGCAGUUUUACAUAGACUUCCGUCUUAUUGGCUGGAACGACUGGAUCAUUGCACCAGCUGGUUAUUAUGGCAACUACUGUGAGGGCAGCUGCCCGGCCUACAUGGCAGGUGUGCCGGGCUCGGCCUCAUCCUUCCACACUGCAGUAGUGAACCAGUACCGCAUGAGAGGGAUGAGCCCAGGCUCUGUCAACUCCUGCUGCAUCCCCACCAAGCUCAGUACUAUGUCCAUGCUCUAUUUUGACGAUGAAUACAACAUCGUCAAGAGGGAUGUGCCCAACAUGAUCGUGGAGGAGUGUGGCUGUGCUUGAGUCCCCACUGAUCCUUCAUUAUCUGAACUUGGAACAGUCAGAGGGGCCUUUUGUACAAACAGGACGUUGCUGUACGGUACACAUAUACAAUAUACUAUCUAUACCUACUGUAUGUGUAAGCAACACACACUGGUACAGUCUAGCCAACGCAAGUAUCAAUGUUGUGUCCAUGUGUGCAUGCGUGUGUUUGCACGUUUUGGCGCGAGUGUGUGUAUUUAUGAGACUGAGUGACAUGCUUGUUGUCCGAGUUCUGUUUGUUUGGCAACAACUGGUCAGCGAUGGGAUGAGAAGGGAAUAAUAAUCACCAAAUGAUACUUUUCUCUAGUUUGCCAUUUCUAGUCAAAAAAUAAUGGCCCAUCAUCUCCUCUUGAAUGAAGAUAAAAAAAAAUUUAAAAAACGCUUAAGAAAAGUGACAGGAUCAGCCAAUGACAAGAUUGGCUUCACCGCCCACACUCCCAACCCUGCUCCCACAACCCUCUUAAGUACUUUAAGCACAUGACAGACUUUUGUUUUUAUAAAGCACUGACAAUUCAUCAGCUUAUACAAUUCAGAACACCAGCACUUCCCUACUAUGCAGACAGAAACAGUCUGACUGUCCUCUCUGGUGGAAUUAGACCGGCAGCGCUUAAUUCUUUGCAGGAUUAUAGCCUCCACAGCAGCGCAGUGGCAAAAGAAAGUCCCCCACAGAGCCGCCACUGCUGCUGUUGUUUUUGUCACUCUUGCUGUUGACUCUGGGCCUCAACCUCAGCUUCCUGCCUGUCAAGAGUUCUGCAGGCCCUGCUACCAUGACAACCAGGUGAAGAUAGAUCUCAUAAGUGCACUUCACUUGUGCACUGGGAGUGACAGAGAAAGAACUGCUCUCUCCUUCCCUUAAGACUCAGUAGAAGUGGGUCUGUGGACACGGAGACUCUAGUUUCGGCCCAGUGGGUCGCCACAGUGCAGUGCAGCACUUGCAGAAACUGAAAUGCACACCCUGAAUAGCACUUGUAUAAAGAAAUGCCUUCCAAGGGGUACUGAGUGUCCUGUCCUAUUGCUAAAUAAGUGCCACAUGAGCUAUGCAAUGUAUAGUAACCUAUACCCUUACUCAACAUGCUCUAUUAGACUGAAUUCUCUUUCCACCUUUCUCUUUCUCUCGCUCUCCUACUUUCUCUCUUCAGUCCUCAACUCUUUAUCAAUACUUGAAAUGUAAUCUUUCGCUUCCCUUCCAAAGCGAAUGAUUGUUGUGACGUUUGCACUGAAAAGUUGCGGGAUUAGUGAAACAAAAACUGCCAUUGAAAAGUUAUUUUUAUAGAAGUAAAUUGAAUUUUGUUUCAGAUGUAUUUUACCUAAUUAAUGGAACCAAAGAGGCCAAGAUUUUAGCUAUUGUACUGAGAUGGCAAGGCCAUUGAGUUACUGUGUACAAUACUGUUUUUGAUCAUUUGCAAAAGGCCUACCACUGUAUCAGGGUACGAUAUAUGAUUUUCAUUUCUUAGCUCUAUUUUCAUUCUCUGUUUUGUACAAUAAGCAACACUUCAUUUUUCAUCUUUAAUUCUAUUUUUUGUUCAGUUUUCUAUUUAAUAAGAAAGUUAUUUUUAGUUCAUGUCUAAGAAUCAUUUAGUCAAAUAAAUCUGUACAGUUUAUGUAAAAUAAAAUGUUUUCUUAAAUA